CCACUGCCCAUAAAGCCAAACUGUACCGCCUCCUAACUACUAGUUCCGGCACACCUCAAUGUCCGUGUAAUGCAGACAACUUCACCGAAGUUAAGAACAUGAUAGCUCUGAUUGCUUCCACCAAUACUGUUAGCCUUAGACUAGAGAAACUGGAGAAUCCACAGGCAUCGAUACCGAACCCUGCCACGGAGCUCCCCACACCCUCUCUUUUACACG